AGUGGAGGUCAGUGGAUGGGACAGCGUCUUCAACUCUGGGCUGGGGAACAACACUGUUAACCACAACCAGAAACAGACUGUCGAACACAAAACAACCGAAUUUAGUCUCCGUGACAACAGACUGGCUGAGACCAGGGCGAGGCGUAGAUUUUGUCUGCGGGGACGGGGAGGUGUCGGUAUGCAGCUGGAGAGAACAGACACUGACUCGGCUAGCGAUGCUCCGUCCUGCUCCUAUAGUUGUGAUUCAGAGAGACUGAUGGCGCCUCAGGUUAACCCCCUAACAGAUGCUGCCUUCAGCCUGCCUUCUAUAGGAUCUAUCAACUGGAACAUGGAUCCUGAGACAACACAGACACUCCCUGGCCUUCAUCCUCCUCACACUCUUCUAAUGUUAAACCAGACCUCAGACAAUGCCAGUGCCUCAACAUUAAAUGGCUGCACAAGCCCAUUGACAAAUGAGAGUAGUAGAGACGAAAUCGGUAAAAGUGGCAGCGCCAAAGACAAACGCUUUCCGUGUUCAUUUUGUGGGAAAGCCUUCCGUUUGCCCAAACAGGUGGAGAUCCACCAGAGGAUGCACACAGGGGAGAAACCUUUCAGCUGCCACCUGUGCCGGGCCAGUUUUUCAGACUCGUCCAACCUGAAGAGGCACCAGAGGGUCCACACAGGGGAGAAACCCUACAGCUGCCCCCAGUGUGAGAAGAGGUUCUCCCGCCAGCACCAUAUGAAGAUGCACCUGAAAGUCCACACGGGAGAGAGGCCAUUCACCUGUACACACUGCGGGAAGAGGUUCUCAGAGAGGAGCUACCUCAGGGUACACCAACAGAAAAUGCACACGGCCCAUAUAUAGUGACAUGUAACGUAGUACUACUACUUAGUACUAAUUCUGUUGGUUUUGGAUAUAGUAGGGAAGUGGACGAGGUGAACUGAACUGAAGAAAUAAUGAGACAUAGAAGAUCAGGGGUUAGCAACAGGAUUUAGGGGAUUUGUUUUUGGUUUAAAAAAAAGACCAGGAAUUCAGCUUAAAGUAUUCCCACAAAUAAAAAAAAGUAUCUCAAUGUAAUCAAGGUAUGAAAUUCUUGUUAUUUUUCAAUACAAUCUCUUUGGGCUUAGUUGUGGUCAUUUUGCAGUGUACAAAUAAUAAUUAUUUUCCAUCCCCUUGACCAUUCGCUCCGAGAAAGAUUCAGCCCGCAGCUGAGUCUAGUUGCCUACCCCUGGAGUAGAUGAUAUGGUCAUGGUUGGGGUAUACUACAAUGCUUCAUUGAUGAGUGGGACAACCUUGUCCUGUUGUUUUGAUGAGGAAAUGAUAAUGCCUUAAUUCAUGUUUACUUAUACUGAUCAUGACAAUGGGGUGAAACUCCAGGACAACAGUUGUGAUAUUUAUUUAAUUUUUUCCAUUAUUUUACCA